GUCGCUCACGAAACCAAGAUGGCAUCUGAGGACGGUGCGGGUAUCGUGUCAAACGCAGGAUGCGAUGUAAAUAACACGAACGAGCGUGCGACGAAUUUUGUUGAGAGCGAAGCGGCGAACGGGACAUCGUCCGGAACGACGUGGCAACGCAGCGUCGUCGAGAGGACGGCCAGUCGCGCGAGCGAUCUCGCGCCUAAUUCGCCCGGGACGCCCACGGGUUUCCCUGCAGCGUCACCGUUUCUCGCGAACACGGAAGGGCACGCGUUAAAGAGGGAUUCGGGCCCCGCGAGCUCGUCCGGUGAUGUUGGCGAACGGCGAGCGAGCGAUAACGAUACGUCCAGCCAACGGCGCAGCAUGUCUCAUCCAGGGUCCGACCUGGACCGCAGCGUUCGUCUUCCGGAAGAAACAGACGCAGGGAAUCAGGAUCAUUGCAACAAUGAUGUAGUACUAAAAUCUGCCAGAGAACCAGUUCAACAUGUUAUACAUGCUGAUACUGCAUGUAGCAACGACAUGAUGUUAUCCGGAAACAUGCAUACGUUAUCUACAAAGGUAAAAUUAGAAGGUUGCAUGAAUUUCUCCAACAACACACCACAACUUGGGGAAAGCCCGCAAAGCAAUGGUGAAAUGAUCAGCAGCCCUAGGAGUCCUGAUUUUCCUCCAAGAGUUUCUGUCAGCCCACAUCCUCAUAGCCCGGACACGACGUUCUCCAUCAGCAUGAUGUCAGCGAAUUCUACAGUUAUGGACACGGCGAAAUACAAUGAAGAGAGUGCUGACAAUGUGGCUGUGCAUACAGACGAAACGACCGAGUAUCCUUUCUGCCCAUCACCGUCGGGAAAGACAGACAACUCGCAAGUUGACAUCACGAAAACGGAAUCGAGUAAACAGCGGGAUGUCGCUGAUGAAAAAUACAUUACAGAUAGAGAAUUAAAAGUAGAAUCUAUUGAGAUUAAGAAGGAACCAACAGACUCAUUACAGGAACUUGAGAAAGUUAAAUCCGAAUGGUUUGAAGAUAGUUUUUCCGUUACUGUAACAGCAAAUAGAGUAGCUGCUGCAACAGCAGCAUCUCAAGAUAAGUCCACAAAUGCCACUGUUAAUUCAUCUUCCAGUUCACAUUCAAAAACUUAUUCAUCCUCGAGAGAGAAACGUUCGAAAGAAGAUAGACGACACUGCUCACGGUGUCAAAAACGCAAAGGGAUAAAAAGAGCUAGUAUUGGUGUACAGUGCAAACGGGAUCGUCAUGUAUUAUGUAAACCUCUUUCCUUCUCCAAGUCUACUAAUGAAAAUCUGAGGUUAAAUCUACAAACGAAAAACUACAAGAUGCUUAAUAAUCCUGUGGUGAAAAACGAAUUGCUGGAAGGCCUAAAGUACAAGAAAUUUAUUCACAUUGAAACUUAUCCCAAUGGCGGUGCGACGGUGGUCCAUAUGUAUCAGGACGAAAUUGAAAGUUUAUCGCGCGAACAAAUGGAAGAAUUGGCGCAAGAAUACUUCAAGGUGGUUUUCGGAGAAGACGAAAAUGGUAAUGCUUAUCAUGUUAUGGGCAUAGUACACAAUGCAGCUGCAUAUCUACCCGAUCUUUUGGAUUAUAUGGCGAAUAAUUAUCCCACAUUAACUGUAAAGAACGGAGUAUUGGGUAGGAACAGUGAUAUAGAAACCACUACAAUGGCUCAAUACAAAGACCAAGUUUGUAAAGCUUAUAGCAAUGGUACCAUUAGAUAUGGACCGUUGCAUCAAAUAAGUCUUGUGGGCACUGUUCACGAGGAGGUCGGUGGAUAUUUUCCAGAUCUACUCCAGAAAUUGGAAGAGAACCCGUUUUUAAAAAUGACGAUACCUUGGGGACCUUUAUCCGUUGUAAAGAUGGAUACACCACAAGAAUCGAACGAUGGCCCUAUCCUAUGGAUUCGACCAGGUGAACAAUUGGUACCAACGGCCGAUAUAAACAAGAGUCCGUACAAACGACGUAGGACGGGUAUCAAUGAAUUGAGAAAUCUGCAAUAUCUUCCGCGGCUGAGCGAGGCACGGGAAUACAUGUUCGAGGAUCGUACGAAAGCUCACGCCGAUCACGUUGGUCAUGGAUUGGACAGGAUGACCACGGCAGCGGUCGGCGUGUUGAAGGCUAUCCACGGUGGCCAGGCAUCCGGAUAUAAUAGGAUUACAAAGGAUGUGGUGGCUUUUUAUGCCGGCGAUUUUACCGAACUUGUGGAAAAGUUGCAGCUGGACUUACACGAGCCGCCGAUAUCGCAGUGCGUGCAGUGGGUGGAGGAUGCAAAGCUGAAUCAACUACGUAGGCAGGGUAUUCGUUACGCCAAGAUAAAUCUCUACGACAAUGAUAUAUAUUUUCUACCGCGCAACAUUAUCCAUCAAUUCAGAACAGUCUCGGCCGUCUCGAGCAUUGCUUGGCACAUCAGAUUGAAGCAGUAUUAUCCAGAGUCGCAGCACAGUUCGAGUAGUAGGCACAAUCGUGCGAUAAACGAGUCCGCUCAUCGUAUCAAAGAGAAGAAGCCUCUGGAAGCUGUUGGCAUAGGCGAUGAACAAAAGGAGAACACGAAUCGCCAACGUUUGGAGCAGAAAUUGUCGAUCGAUCCUCUCGAGAAAGCAAAAGAAAGGGCGGCCGAAUAUCAGGGUAAUCUGAAGAAAUCUGAUCAACACGGAAAGCAUCGCAAGAGUCGACAUCACUCCAAACAUUCGUCACUUAAACAAAAGAAUAAGGAAGAUGGCAACGACAAUGCACCGUCGGAUCCGUUUGGCAGCACUAAAUCAUCCAAGAGCGAAACCAAUGAGCAGAAACAGAGUAACGACAAAAGGGACGAAAAGAGAUCAGAGAAAAAGCAUAAGGAUCGUCGUCGCAGCAGUGACAAAUCUAGCAAUCAUCACACGCACAGCAGCAAUAGCAGUUCUGAUAAUUGUCACUCUUGUAAGAAGAAGAAAUAUGACAGCAGCGGUCACAAGCUAGAUCAUCGUUGCAGUCACCACGAGAGGUCCAGUAAUAAAAGCAUAUCGAGUAAAGAAACUGUUCCCAGUGUAACGGAAACAAGAACAGUUUCGAAAUUCGAUAGCUCAUCUUCCUUGAAGGAUGCUAAGAGACGACUUAGCGAAUUGUCUCCGUUAGAGGACACUUCUGAAACCGGAGAUUGUCCAAUUCUCGAGGAGGAGAUACUAAAACAGCGGCAGGCCGUUGCCAAAACGUACGCCACCGAAGUAGUGGACAGGGCGCUGGAGAUAGCCAUCUACAAGUCGAAGACCGACGUUGAGGAGGUUUGUCAAUCCUUACGUGCUGAAGUUUCGGAAGCAUCGAAGGAGGUACUAGAAAAGAUUCACAAGGAGAGCUUUGAGAUCGUCGAACAGUGGUUUAAGGAUGACACCACGAAACUGGAAAGAUACAGCCAUCUAUUGGAAAUGAAGACCGUGUUGGCAUUUACGUCAAAGAUGGAAUGCGCAACGGAAAACGCCGUUAAGGCGCUGAUCGAGAUGGCAGAGGACGAAGCGAAGGAAAGAGCGAAAAAUGAGAAAAUCACUGACUUUGCGGCCGCUGGUGACAACGUAUGCGGCGAAGAUUCAACGAUGCUAACGAAGACAACGACGACGACGACGAUGACGACGACGACGACUAGUAUCUCCUCGUAUCCUUCCAUCAUGACCUUUACGUCUCCAUCCACUGAAAACGAUAGACACAGUAACGGGAGGAAUGGCAGCAGCGAUGAAAACUCACUGAAAUCGUCCGAGUCUCAGAAAUCGCACUCGAAAUCAAAGUGCAAGUGUAGAGACGAAAAGGAUUACAGGGAACGAAGACACAAGAAGAAGAGAGAUCACGAGAGGCGAGAGCGAAAACACGAUCGACAUCAUCGGAGUCCCCAGAUAAAAUCCGACUCCAAGACAUCUGACGAUGCUGCGACUGAGCUGUCGCACAAUUAUCCAAUUGUCGAAAAAUCCGAACGAUCAAACUCAAAGGACGACGAGAAGAAAGCGCAGGAGAAGAGGAGGAAAUGCCAUUGCGGCCAUCACUGCGCUCACAGACACGGAGAGAAGAGAUCGUCCGGAAGCAGUAACAAUGGCAAAGACAGAGUCGAGUCAUUCCCACUUGUCACGUUGCAUCAUUCCCAUUCUUCGAGCUCGAAGCAUAAGAGGAAGUCCAGCACGUCCAUGGAGCAAAAGGAACCGAAGAAAUUGUACGUAGUAGAAAAAUAUUCGACCGCGCAAAUUAGCGAGUCGACGAGCACGGUGGUGAACGUGACGACGGUGACAGCGAGCGCGAUCACGACGACGAUUACGACGACGACGACAGACUCGUUGGCGGAGAACACCGUUGUGUCAAACACGUGAAAAGGUUACUGCGAUUAUUCUUGACGAUUAUUAUAGUACAAUCCGCUCGUUAGGAGCGCGAAUCUCGCACGCGGGCGAGGACGAGAUUGAUGUUUCUGACUCAGUCAGUGCGAAGCCUAAAACGAAUUUCUCAUCCGGUGCGGCUAAACCGAGUGCGAGCUUUGCAAUCGGUGCAAGAGAGGAGAAACAAAGAAGAAACUAUGCAUCAGGUAUAUCACGGGAAAAAAAAACGUAUACUUUUACCAAAGUAGAGAUCGCCGUGUUUCAAAUCCAAAGACGAGAUAGGAUUCUGAUUGAGAGAAUUUGCUACUUUCCUCCUUUUUUUUUUCCUCCGCGACUAUAUAUGUAGUACGCUCGUGCAUUUAAACACACACACAGAUAUACAGACAUACACACCGCCUUAGUCUCGAGCCGAGAAGUGUUUGCGAGAAAGUAGUUACUCUCUAGAAAGUACAUAUACAUUUACAUAUAUACACAUACACACACACACACACUCUCCGAUACAGAAUUGCAAAAUUAUUUUGUUACGAGAGAACUCUGGACGUUCCACACACACACACACCACCCAUUCUGAGAGAAUUGAAAAUUAAAAAAAAAAAAAAUAUUUAUAAAAUAUAUGAGACGACCAAACGAGAGAGAGGUGUACAAAAGGAGGAUUUGUAUAAAAUCGCGAAGAUUUAAUCUCGAUUAAUGCGACGGAAGCUGUACUUGUACAUAAAUUAAAAUAUUAUUUUCUUUUCAGAGAAUCGUAUUCUCAUCCCACACACACCAGACUCGCUUAACUUAUUUAUGUGUGCGUUCUUCUAUGCGUAAACUAUUUAUGAUUUUUCAUUGGCCAUCCUGCGGUGACAUGAAACUCGGUCCAUGCGAAAGAUUUAUAGCGAUUUUCUCAGUCGACGCGGCCGUUUUGCAAUUCUUAAUAGCGCAAUUAUAGAUUUGUGCUAUAAUCGAAUAUUUAUAUCUUAGAACGUAGGACGUUAUGAGGAAUGGAAAUAGGACAUCUUGUGUGUGUGUGUGUGUGUGUGUGUGUGUGUGCGCGCGCGCGCGCGCGUAUGUAUGUGUGUAUGUAUGUGUUUAGGUUCGAUUGUGACGAUAAAUGUGACAAUUAAGGUACUGAUCGUAGGAUAAGGAAAAACACUUCUACACAUGGUUUUAUGUUUGAUAUACGAAAUGAGUCAAGGUGACUCGCGACGAUAUCCUUUAUAUUAUCUCUCGAGAGUUUAUCUUAACGAAUAAUAGUUACGUAUUACAUUAUUAAGUAUACCUUUAACUUUCUCUCUCGCUAGAGUUGCUGGGCGUUACUAGGUAUUGCCAACCUCCCCUAUAUAAUUCUUUCCACGAGGGACAUGGAAUGAUAUCCUUUAAUCGCGAAGAAUUGUUCUUCCCUUUCUUUCUACGCUGGAUCGUUAAAUAACCGUAUAUACGUUAACGGAUGUACAAACUCUUCGCCUUCGCAGACAGAAAAUUAUUUGAAACAUUGAACGGCAGACUGAUCGUCAACGAUAUUUUCUCAGCUUGAGUGCAACAGGAACGGGUUCCGGGCAAUCUAUAAUUUUCUAGAGUCCAUUUGGAAGAGAUGCUGACGUAGAUUUACAUACCGAGAGUAGAGAUGUGAAUAGAAGAAAUAAGUUUUGUUUUUUCCGUAUUUUUUUUUCCAUAUUUUAAUAUAUUUGUAUUUUUUGAUUACUACAAAUUGAUUUUUCAUUAUUUUUAACUCUUUAGAUGAUUAUGGUAUUAUAUGAUAGAUUUGAAUUAAUCAUUAUUAUUUUAAAUGUAGCACUCGCAUUCCAAUAUAAUUAUGCAUCUAAUUGAAAAUUAUUCGAAUCAUGUCGAGUUUGAUAUAAUUUGCUGCAAAAGUUUCAUUAAUUCAUGAAAAUUAUUUUUGAAGAAAAAAAAAAAUAAAUUAAGAAAUAAGAUAAAACUUCAGUGUUUUUUUUUAUGUUAACAAAAAAAAAAUAUAUUUAAAAACAUAAAAAAAACCAAUUUUUGUUUCCAAUGAAAAGAACCUUUUUUUCAACUCUUUUUUUUUUCUAUUAGAAAAAGAAAUCGGUUUUUUUCUUACAUCUCUAAUCGAGAGUAUAUCGUUUAAGUAAAAGAACAACACACGAAACAGUCUGUCGAAUCUUGACAGGACACGUUGUACAUAUUGAAUGUGCCUCGCGUUUGCGACAGAGCGAACUUUCAUUUUCAUUAUAUAUCUUCCCGUAUUUCGUUACGAUGUAUAUAGAUAAUGACUAUAUUCGCCGUAUGCUUUAUUUUGUAAGUUAGUCGCGUUAGCGACAUCAUAUACGUUAUAUUCUCGAUUCUCAUAUAUUGGGACACUAAUAAAAAUGUCGAUGUUACGCUUUCGUUAUACAGGAAAAACCCGCUUUUAAACAUACGUGGCUGUCUUAUUUUUAUUUUACGUUUAUAUAUAUAUAUAUAUAUAUAUAUAUAUAUAUAUAUAUAUAUAUAUUUCACGCUGCAUUCGUUUAAUUUUCAGCACGUUACUUUAGGAUAAUUUCGACUGCAGAUUUCUGUUACAAUGCGACUUUUCAAUAAAUAAAUUUUACGCAGUGUAAAUAUGGAGCGAAUUCUUUUACCGGCUUUUUUUUUAUCGCGAAGCGAAGCGAAGUGAAAAGAAAAAAAAAGGAAGAGAAGAGAAACAUUUAUACUGGGUAAUAACGUACGACGAAAGUGUACACAGAUGACAGAUGUAUUUAGUAUUCCGCAUGGAAGAUAUAUUCACAAUUUACUGUAUAGAAUCGUUUUUCGAGCACAUGACAGGCGUGUACAAUUGCUGUAAAUUCUAGUAUCAUAGAAUCGUAGGUGCCUAAAGUCUCAGCUCCAAUAAGAUGAUCGUCAAAAAGUGAAUCUAUUCACCCGCAUAUAUAUAUAUAGAGAGACUUCUUUUUAGACACUUUUCUAUCCUAGAGACCUUUUCUAAAAUUUCUUUUUUUCAGACACUCGGCGAAUUUAAAAUUGACAAACGAGGAGUACACACAAGGGAGGAAGAGAGUCGCGCGCGAACGAGAAUAGGAUGCCAAGAUGAUGAAAUAUUAACUUGAUAGAGACAACGAGCGGACAAUUACUUAAGAAGGACACUGAACGAUGUGUGUCCUCGCGAAAAAAAGGACCAAAAUUAAAACCAAAGGCCUCCCUCCCCUCCCCUCUGUGCGAGAGGAGGCUUGGAUCGACAUUGUAACACUUUUUCAAGGCUUGAAUCAAAAUAUUAGAAUCCCCUUGUUACAAUUAAAUCCAAACCUCCCGGUGAGCGAUUCGCUCGUAAAGUAAUGAUGAAGAAAAGCAAAUAAUCAUAGGUGCUGAACACUGAACGACAUUUGAUAUUUUAAGGUGCCUUCGCUCUGUUCGUUACAGUAAAGCUGUACCGGUGGGUACAAUUAUAAAAAGCUGAUUGAUUUACUCGAUCUUGUAAGGAUAAAUCUUGGUUUCCACGUGUGUGUACAAGUAGAACAAGUGUAAAUUUUCAUCAAUAACGAUAAAUACGAGUAUAUAUUGACGGA